AUGAUUUUCUCUUUGUAUUUUCAGGUCAUUCUCUCACUUUCUUUCUCUUUUAUAUUCCAUCUAUUUAACUUUAAGAAACACUUUCACUCUUUCUUCACCACCAACAACAAUAAUCAUAAAUGCCCUAACCCUAACCCUAAGCGUCCAGUUUCAUCUAACCCAAAGCGUCCAGUUUCAUCUAACCCAAAGCUUUUGAUCUCUCUUCCACCGCGUCCGACGAACCAAGAUUUGGAACAGUUGAUGGUUUGUACAGAGAGUAUUGAAUGUGAAAGCAUGCAGUUGGUAGAUAAUUAUGAUUAUUCGAUAAUAGAUGAAAAUAAUGAAGGUGAUGAUGACGAUGAAGAUGAAUAUUGUUGCAGGAAUACUAGGGUUGAUGAAGAAGAAGAAGAAGAUGUAAAUGGUAAUAAUACGUUUCCGCCACCGCUUUCAUCAUUAGACGGUAACGGUCUACCAAGUUAUAUUCUGUUACCGGUGAGGAUGAACGGAAGAUUACAGCUCAACAAAAUGAACGUAAAGAGACCUAAAACUGUUUACGCGGAUAGAGAAGAUGGACGGUUGAGAUUGUUUCUUGUUACAGAUCAAUGUUGCAUAGAAGAUGAUGAUGUCGAACCAGAGGAAGAGGAAAUGGUUGAAGAGAGUAGGUAUGAAUAUGAAGAAGAUGAUAGGGUUAGAGAGUGGAAUAAUAAUAAUAAUAAUAAUAAUAAUAAUAAUAAUAAUAAUAAUAAUAAUAAUAAUAAUAAUAAUAAUAAUAGUGAAAAGUAUAGAAAGGGGUAUCAAAACUGUCACCAGCAAAUGGUGAAUCAUCAUAUUCAUGGAAGUCAUGGUAAUCUACUCAUGUAUGGAGUUAGUAUUGUAUGA